GAAAUGGAAACGGUUAAAGAGAAUGUUGAUCAUGAUUAUGAAGAUCACGAACAAACACAAUGCUUUGAAGGAAAUGAAUAAGAAAGUGACUGAGAAACCGGAGCAGGCAAAGGCAGCCAAGGUACACGCACAUACUGUAAACACCGACGCGGAUUGUGGAAAGCUGCGUUUGGCCUGUUGGUGUUGCAUGGAGUACUCAAUCAAGGCGUCCGGCAUGAAAAUAUUCGAUGAAAAAACGGAGGACUCAUUCGCCUGCAAGUGAGGCAAUGAACAUCAAAUCUCUGUCACAGACUUCCCGAAACCAGUUUCCGUAUUGGACCAUAAAGAAGAGAUCAGAGACAGAAUUGGACAAGUUCAGUUUCAAGGAACGCCAAAUCAAAAACGAGGAAGGAGAUUACAACUAGAGAUCUGCAUCGGCAGCCAAACGGGUGCAUUAUGGAUUUUCAUCUCCGUUGCUACAAUUACUUCCCAAUUUCCAGAACUAGCAGACGCGUUCGAGAAUUCCUGAACUCGCAACACGAACGCACUCCACCGCUCACAAUCUCGCGGAUGACAACACCUCAUUUCCUACCUACCUACGCACGAUGUUAUAUUCCCUACUUAUUAUAGACUCCUGACCAAGGUCUGGAAUCAUUUUCAUUUCUUGGUUAUUUCUCAAUUCUGAAGAAGCUGAUGGUUGAUGUUGGUUGGAAGUGAUAGGAGUGUCAGAGUCCGGACAAACGAGGAAUGACCUCCGG